UGUCGCGGUUUCUGCUGGCUGGUGGCUGAGCUCGUUCCCCCAACCUUGGUCGUGGGGUUGUUGUCGGCAGCGGGGUUGCAGCAAUCAUGGUGAACUUACUUAUAAUUGUGCGUGACCACUGGGUUCAUAUACUUGUUCCCCUGGUAUCUGUCAUUGGAUGUUAUCUAGUCAGAAAGAAUGAUGAAAAGCUAACUGUCUUCCGGAACAAGAGUAUGAUAUUUAAAAGGGAAUUGAGACCCAAUGAAGAAGUUACCUGGAAGUAAAAACUGGCUGAAUUACAGAAUGUUCACAUUUUAAAAGUUACAAAAGAAAUAAAAACAUGUUUAUUGUUUAAAAAAAAAAAAAGAAAAAUUUAAGGUGUUAUGUAAAAUAUAACAAAAGAUACCUUAAAUGUUUAUUUUGAAAGCCAUAAAUUGUCACAUGUUACAAAUUGAGUAUUUCAAAUUUCUUAAAGUUGGGGA